AUGCAAGCAAAGGGGCUGGUCCUCGCUACUCUGGCGGCUUUUGUUACAUCCGCACCAACUGAUCAGUACAACUCCGUAGCGGCACGCGGCGAUGACACAUUCAACAUCCACGUCUGGAACAAUUGCCCAUUCCCAAAGCAGAUCGCUCUCUAUCAGAUCACAGCCGACUUCCAAAUGGUGCAAAAGUCUACACCAAGCAACAUUUCACCGAGGGGGCACAAGGUGAUUCAAGCCCCCUACAGCGCUCUCGGUAUGCGUCUCUCAGGGCAUGCCGAGUGGGGUACUGCAGCGCAGUGGAAUCAUCAGGCUCUGUUUGAGUUCGGGUAUAGCAACUACAUGGGAAGUGACAAGGAUAUUGGCAUCGGAGCCUAUCCCAUUCCGAAUGGCAAAGGCAGCAGGACCUGUCUCGCCAAAACUUGCUUUCCGUGGUCGUGCCCACUGGAUCAAGGCUGGACCAAUCCUGACCAGAUAAAGGAUGGAUCGCCUGCUGAUACCGUCUGCUACAAGGGGAAGACUGACUUCAAGGUUGUCUUCUGUCCAUAG